AAUAGAAUAUUUAGGUUAAUUUGGUUUAAUUACAUUACAGGUAGAGAACCAAUAAAACCAGACAUUUGACGAUGAUUCAUUCCUUUAUAUAGGGAAAGAGACGUGGAAGGUGAGUCUCUUCUCUUCUCUUGUCUUGUCUGUAGUAUAUACCAAAGACGAUACGUAAAAGAGAUCCUUUUUUUUUGUUUUUGCUUUUCAGUUAAUAUAUAUAUAUAAAUAAAAGAAAGAUAAAAAACAAGAAGUUUGAAACAGCUUAAGGUCUUCUUUGGCUCUCUUAUCCUAAGAUCAUCUCCCUUUUUUCCUCCUAAACGCUUCCAACAGUCUAAAUCAAAUUCCUUCGGGUUUCAAUUCGCGUCUUCUAGUUUUUGAAAUUCAUUCUUAAUUUACCUCUUGAUUCCACAAAAUAAAAACCACAAAAAAAAAUUGUUGCUUUAUUUGUUCGUUCUUAAUUUAAUUAGCGAUUCAGCUUAAGUUUUGUUUUGUUUUUUUUUUUUUUCAGUUUGAUUCGCUUAUUCUUUGUUCUGGGUUUUGUAAAUAUUCAAAUUUUAUUGUUUUUUUUUUGUUUUUGGUUUGAUCAAUGUGUCUUGCUUGAAGCAAGUUUCUGAGUUUGCGUGUAUCUUGUUUCUAUUUUUAGAUUCCAUAUUUUCGUUAGCGAUCAAUUUCUGUUGGAUUUUGAAGUGGAGAUUAUCGGCUCCCUCUUUCCCGGAGAGAUAUUUUCUCAGGCGUAGAAAUAGAGAGAAUCAUUUGAUUUGGGAGGCUACCCAUCUCAAGUCUAAUGAAAGAGUAGUCCAUUCAACAUUAUUAUUAUUAUUAUUAUUAUGACUUCUCAGAAGCAGCAGCCGCCCACCACUUCCGACGCCGGAGUUGUGUCGCGAUCAGCCAGAACCUCCUUUCGUGCUUUCUCCAACUGCCUUCGUCUUAUUUCCUCUGGUGCCUCCACCGUUGCUCGCUCCGCCGCUUCCUCCGUUAACCGUGACAUUGUAUCUCCCAACGAUCAGGUACUAUGGGCGGGGUUUGAUAAACUAGAGAAAGAGGGUGGCUAUGCUCGAAGAAGAGUUCUUCUACUAGCAUUUCACUCUGGUUUCCAAAUUUGGGAUGUUGAAGAUACAGACAACGUCCAUCUCAUAGUCUCUGCGCAUGAUGGCAAAGCAUCCUUUAUGCAAAUGCUACCCAACCCGGAGGCCUUAGCCGACAUGUUUUCUGAUAGCCGUCCGCUUCUGGCUGUGUGUGGUGACUCUUCUUGGGAAGAGAACUCGAGUAUAAGACAGAGCGUUUCUGACAACCCUGGAAGCGAAACUCUGGUGCCUACAAAUGUGCAUGUCUACUCGUUAAAGUCUCAGUCCUAUGUGCAUACGUUGAAGUUUCGGUCCAUCAUCUAUACGGUUAGGUGCAGUUCUCGGAUUGUUGCUGUGCUACAAGCAUCUCAGAUAAGUUGCUUUAAUGCUAAAACAUUGGAGAAGGAAUACAUGAUUGUCACUAACACCAUCUCCUAUGGCUCCUUUGGUGUUGGAUAUGGUCCUCUUGCUGUUGGUCCGCGAUGGAUUGCUUAUAGCGGAAGUCGUGUUGCUGACUCAAGUUCCACACUUUUCACUCCAGAACUGAUCACACUGUCAUCAUCACCCAAUGUUGCACAAUUUGCAAUGGAAUCGAGCAGGCAGAUCGCUUCUGGGAUCUUGAAUAUUGGUAUGAAAAGCGUUGGAGUUACUAAUGACAGUGUGUCAGAAGAGGACAGCAUAGGAAUGGUAAUAGUCAAAGAUAUGAUAAGCAAAAGCGUCAUUGCGCAGUUUAAGGCACACAAGAGUCCUAUCUCGGCUCUGUGCUUUGAUCCAAGCGGCAUGCUUUUGGUGACUGCUUCGAUUCAGGGACACAAUAUUAAUGUCUUUAGAAUAAUGCCGAGAAGCACUGCCUCUUUUGUGCAUUUGUUCAGGCUUCAGCGUGGUUUUACUAAUGCGGUGAUACAAGACAUCAGUUUCAGCAAUGAUAGCGGUUUGAUAGUGAUUAGCUCUUCAAGAGGGACGAGUCAUAUGUUUGAGAUUGAUCCUCAUAGAGUGGGGAAUGCUCCGGUUCCUCUAUCGGCGGUUAAUAGGAUAAGAAGCGGAAACAUCAGCGGAUGGAUGGGAACAAUGAGCGGUGCUGCAGCUGCAGCUGCUGGAAUGGUUGGUGGCUCUCUGACUGGUGCAGCCGCAUCGACUUUCUGUUACUGCGUUGAACAGAACAAGAACAACCGGUAUGGUUCUGCUGCUUCUGGUAAUAGCUCAAAGAGGAGUCUUCUUGUUUUUGCUCCUUCUGGAUGUAUGACUCAGUAUCCGGUUGGGGGUAGUAGUCGUGUGUCCGGGUUUGAUUUUGAGUCUGGUUCGGAGAUUGAACCGAUACGAAGGUGGUCCAUGCUACAAAACCAGUGUAGAAGAGAGAUGCAAGAUCAACAACACAGUGACAUAUAUGGAGGUGGAACAGUUUCUGAUUCUAAGAGUAGAGUGUUUCCUGAGAUUGUUAGGAAGCAGAGUGCUGAGGAGUCAUGGAAAGUGACUCAGAAAGAGGAUAAGCAUCAGAUGUACAUGUCUGAAGCAGAAUUGCUAAUGUAUCAGCCGUCUCGGCUACCGUUAUGGGGAAGGCGACAUUUUAGGUUUCAAGAGUUGGUGUUGAACCGGGAUGAUGAAGAGAGUAGUAAUGGUGGAGGAGGGGAGAUGGAGAUUGAAGGAAUCCAAACUCGAACGAUUGAAGCAAGAACAAGAGAUUUGGUUCCAGCCUGGGGCUAUCUCCACUCUCCUAAAUCACAACAAGUUAUGAAAGAAUCAUUGCAGAGUCCAAGGAACACUACACUAGGUGAUCAUGUGGCUCCUACAGAGGAUCAUGGAGGAGAGUCCGACCCCGGAGUUGUACAUAGCAAAGAAGGGAGCUCAAGAUCAGAAGAAGAGAGUUCGAGAUCUGAUGAAGAUAGCUCCAUUUCAGAAGAAGAGACCCAAAGCAAGUCUGUACAUAAUGAAGAAGGUAUUGCGGAGGUGAAGAAGCUUACUGAAGAUGAGGAUGACGAGGAGAUGCACUAAAAGAAGGUGAUGUUGUUUUUGGUUUUUUUUUUUCACCACAAACUCAGCUUCAAGAUCAACAACAGGAGAACAAAAAUAACUGUGGAAAAUUGUAUAGAAAAAGAAAAUUGACAUAAGUUAUUAGAUGUUUUUUUUUUUCAGCAAUAUGUUUUGUUUCUGUUACGGAAUUAUUUUGAUUCAUUUUUAC